AUGGCGGCAGCAGCAGCAGCACAAAAGGUGAUCAGAAAUGCAUCGCCCCCGACUCGAGGGUCGCUGAGGCGCCUCUUCGCCCUCAAUGAGGCACCGUCCCUGGACCAGCUCGCAGCCAUAUGCUCACAGAGGGCGACGCGCGAGCAAUACCCUCUAGCAGCAACCAUCGACAGCAAUGUGCCUAUCUACAACCUCCCGCCCUUCUCCACGCUGCCGACCACCCAGCGCAGUGCCCUCCAAGACGAGUGGUACAACAUCCUGCACAGCGGCCCAGGCGUGUUCGUGACCAAGGGCCUGUUCCGCGACAAGCCCCUCCUGGAGCGGGCGACCAAGGCCUUCUACUCCAUCAUCGAGCAGGAGCGCGAGGGCGGCGUCUCGCAGGGCGACCACUUCGCGGCGGCGGGCAAGAACGACCGCAUCUGGAACUCGUUCAGCAAGCACGCGCUCGCCGACCCGGCCUCCUUCGCCGCCUACUACAGCAACCCCUUCAUCGGGCUCAUCUCGUCGGCCUGGCUGGGCCGGGGCUACCGCAUCACCGCGCAGGCCAACAACGUCAAGCCCGGGUCCAAGGCGCAGGUCUGCCACAGGGACUACCACCUGGGGUUCCAGACGGCCGAGGGCGCCGCGCAGGUCCCGCGCGCCAUGCACGUCGCGAGCCAGUUCCUCACGCUGCAGGGCGCCGUCGCCCACGUCGACGUGCCGCUGGAGAGCGGGCCCACGCGCCUGCUGCCCUUCUCGCAGGCGUUCGAGGAGGGCUACAUGGCAUACCGCCGCCAGGAGUUCGUCGACUACUUCCAGGAGCACUACGUCGCCCUGCCGCUCGAGACCGGCGACGGGGUUUUCUUCAACCCGGCCCUGUUCCACGCCGCCGGCGAGAACGUCAGCGCUGACGUCAAUCGUAUGGCGAACCUCCUGCAGGUCAGCAGUCCGUUCGGUAAGCCGAUGGAGUCCGUGGACGCGCUGCCGCUGCUGGACGCUUGCUGGGACGAGCUCGUCGCGCGGCACGGGCGGGAGGGCAUGAGUGACGAAGUCGAGGCGCUGUUGUGUGCCAUCUGCGAGGGCUACGCGUUCCCUACGAAUCUCGACAACAAUCCUCCCCGGCCGGGCGGUCUGGCUCCCGUGUCCGAGCUCGAUGUUGCUGUGAAGGGCCUGGAGGAAGGUUGGAGCAAGGAGAAGCUCCUAGAGGAGUUCAGGGCUCACCAGUCCAAGUCACGGCCAUGA